GUGUGUGACAGGACCUCCAAUUUGGCUGGCAAAGUCGCUCUGCAAAAAAAAAAGACAUACAGACUUCCAGUUCCCCAUUCUCUACUGAAUUCUCAACCAAGUUUGCCAUUAGUCACCCACCAUGGCUAUGUCAGCAAGACGACUAAAGAGAAAGAUGCAGGCUCCAAAAUUGCCUAGCACAGACCCUCAAUUUGACAAGUCAUUUGAAUUGUUGGCUCAGGCAAUACACGAAAUUCACCGUAAAAAUGCCUCCAACCUGUCGUAUGAAGAACUCUAUAGAAAUGCCUACAUCAUGGUCUUGCAAAAGAGGGCAGACACUUUGUACAACGGUGUUAAAGAGGUUAUUUCAGACCACUUGGAGCUUGUAGCGGAGACAGAAGUCGUACCUGCCUUUGUCAAGACAACAGAUACUAAUGCAAGGAUGAGCGCAGACGCUGGUACAUCGUUUUUAAUGACGCUAAAGCGUGUCUGGAAUGAUCAUACAACCUCUAUGAUCAUGAUUAGGGACAUAUUGAUGUAUAUGGACAAAAAACAUGUUAAGCCAGCGAAUAUGCCGUUGGUAUACGAUAUGGGCCUAGAGCUCUUUCGCGACAAAGUUAUUCGAUCUCAAAAACACCCAAUCCAGGCACAAUUGACAGCAGUUCUACUUGAUCAAAUAAAAAUGGAACGUAGAGGGGAGCAAAUCGACCGGAGCGCUAUCAAGGGCGCCGUAGAUAUGUUGGUAGAGUUAUACGACCAGGACAAACGAGAAAAUGUAUACGUAGUGGACUUUGAACCACACUUUCUGGAAACAAGUAGCGCGUUUUACCUUGUGGAAAGCCAGGCUCUUUUGGCGGAAUGCGAUGCUUCUGAAUAUAUGCGAAAAAUUGAGAAGAGGAUGAAUGAAGAAUACAAUAGAACCAGGCACUAUUUGUCUCCUGUGACAGAACCCAAAAUUCGAAAUAUUGUCGAAACUCAAUUAAUCACGAACCAUGCAAAAACCAUUAUGGAAAUGGAAAAUUCUGGCUUAAGGCCAAUGUUGGCAGCCAGUGCCAUCGAAGAUCUCUCGCGUAUGUACAAACUAUUCUCAAGAGUUCCAGAAGGACUCAACGAAAUGCGCACCUAUAUCAAAAACUACGUGCUGGAACUGGGAAAUCUCAUUAAUGCUAAAGUGGACUCAGCAAACGAUAAUACCAAACCAAAGGAUAAAGACGGAGCGGGUGCUGGUGAUAAACCCGCAACAACUACUGGUAGUUUAUACACAGCAUUGCGAUGGGUGCAAGAUAUUCUUGAGCUACAGGAGAAGUUCAACAAAAUCAUAGACUUUGCUGUCUUAAAGGACAAGAGCUUUCAAACAGCCGUUAAUGAGGCAUUUGAAACGUUCAUCAAUGCUAAUCCUAGGUCUCCUGAGUACAUAUCUCUGUUUAUUGAUGAAAACCUGAAGAAAGGACUGAAAGGGAAAACUGAAGAAGAGGUCGAUAACAUUCUGGAUCAUACCAUCACUUUGUUUCGAUUUAUUCGUGAGAAGGAUGUCUUUGAGCGAUAUUAUAAGCAGCACCUUGCCAAGCGUUUGCUGUUUGGACGGAGUGUUUCGGACGAUGCCGAAAGAAGCAUGAUUACAAAACUCAAGGUCGAGUGUGGCUACCAAUUCACUACAAAAUUAGAGGGUAUGUUCAAUGACAUACGAAUAUCUGCAGACACUGUUACUGCAUACAAGGACUAUUUGGAUGCAUCUGGAAUUGAGAAACCAAAGAUCGAUAUGGCCUCAACGAUAUUGACAUCCACGUUCUGGCCUAUGAGUGCUUCCACUUCACCAAAGUGGAUCAUGCCUGCGGAAAUCACGGAUGCCUGUCAAUCGUUCGAAAAGUUCUACUAUGGACGACACAAUGGACGAAGAUUGACUUGGCAACCAAACAUGGGAACCGCCGAUAUCAAAGCCAGCUUCAACACGAAACGACAUGACCUAAAUGUCUCAACCUACGGCAUGGCCAUCCUCCUUUUGUUCAACGAAGUCCCAGACGAGCAAUGCCUAACGACUUCGGAUAUACAAGCACAAACAGAUAUCAACGAUAUCGACCUUAGACGGACUUUACAGUCACUGGCUUGUGGAAAAUACAAAAUUUUGAUUAAAGAACCAAAAGGGAAAGAAGUCGACACUACAGACAAGUUCUAUCUGAAUGUCAACUUCACAUGCCCAUUAGCUAGGAUCAAAAUUCAGACAGUAGCGACCAAAGUGGAAACGGAAAGCGAACGCAAAACGACGCAUGAAAAGGUGGAUAAACUUCGUAAACAUCAGAUCGAAGCAGCUAUUGUUCGAAUCAUGAAGGAUAGAAAGACUAUGGAUCAUAACCUUCUCAUUGCUGAGGUGGUCAAGCAGUUGAGCAAUAGGUUUAAUCCGAGCCCGCAGAUGAUCAAGAAGCGGAUUGAAGAAUUGAUUGACCGAGAAUACCUGGAGCGUAAUGCUGGUGAUAGAAAAUCUUACAACUACCUCGCUUGAUCGCCGUGCCUGCUGAUACCUUUACUUUUACCCUAUGAAUUUUGGCUGGCUGGCAUUACCCGUGUACCGUACCUAACUUUCUUUCUCAUGUAUUUUCCCAACAAUGGUAGCAAUGCAAACCAUAAGCAAAUAAAUCUCAUGCUGGGCAAUUGCUUAUCUUCCCUUAAAUGUAA